UGCACGUGCACGUGUAGCGAGCGUUCAGGUACAGUAGCCAUACUUGCGAUGAACACCGAGAGGGCAAGGCUGAGCCCGGCGGAUAAAUGGGAGUGGCGGUGGCACCGUUAACUGCUGGUAGCCAGUGAGCGGAAGAUUUGUAAUCUCUGUCACCGAGCUGCCCUGCCAUUGGCUUUUACGGAGUAGCUGCCGCCAGAGAGUCAGUGAGGCGACAAACUGGGAAUGGUCCCGGGCUGAGUCUCCACAAUGAGCCGGGCUCAUAGCCGCCUGCUCCACACUUGACGCAAACCGUCUGAACUUAACGUGGCUCCGCUGCAGCCACACUACACUUGGGACAUUUUGCCUAUUUUAGUCGCCGAGACGCUUUUUGAAGGACGACUGACAUCGCCUCACCUUAUGAUUUCAUUCUGCUAAAGCUCUUGCGAGGCACAACAGUUUCUUCAUGGCGUCUCCACAACAGUCAAGAAUUCAGUCGUAUCUGGAGAAGAAUAAAAUCGGACCCUUGUUUGAGGAGUUGAUGACCAAAUUGAUAACUGAGACUCCCGACCAUCCAAUCCCUUUUCUCAUUGAUCACCUGCAGACCAAGCAAGACAGCCCUGGCAAACUGCACAGAGCUCUCUCUGGCUCCGCAGCACUGUGGGCGCAGAGCUCCCCAGAAAGCAAAAACCCUCGAAGGGAGAACAGCAACUAUGAGAAGUCAUGGCAAAUUCACCCAAAGAAGCCGAAAAAGUCCAAGAGCGACCUGGCUGUUUCGAGUAUCUCUCCUCCUUCACCAGAAUCCAAGUCUUUGCCACGGUCAAACCAGUACCCAUCCUGGGAAUGGAGAGAGAGCCGGGACUUUGACGAGCUCAACCACAUUCUGCAGGAGAGCAAGAAGCUGGGCAAGGCCCUGGAGAGUCUGUCACGCAGCAUUGCCAUCUCUGAUGAGCUUGACCAGAACUUGGGAGGCUAUAACUCAGUGGUGCGCCCCCGGGUGGUGGGGGAGUGGGUUGGUCGGGAAGAAGAGGACGCGGACCCCCUGGCUUCUGAGAUGCUGCAACCCCCCGUCCCUCGGGCGAAAACUGAAGUGUGCUGGAGUGGAGACAGCAGCCCUGCUGGGAGCCUGAAGAUGGAAGCAAAGAGCAAAGGGCUAAGGGAGCAGCAGCAGCAUCACAAAAAGCUCCUGGCAGCCAUGUUGUCCCAGGACUCCUUUGAUUCGGUCCAUAGCCCUGUCCCCUCCGUCGCAGAGGAAGAGAUGGAGGACGAGGACGAUGCCAUGGAGCUUCUGGAGGACCUGGAUGACCUGCGGAUGGAGGGUGUGACGGGCUUGGCUCCAUCCGGCAGUAAGUUCAGCCAGGGACGCAGCUCCUAUCAUACUGAACCGCAGGCCAAAGUUACACUCAACAUCUGCUCUAGGUGUGCCAGGUUGCAGGGGGACAGUCUAUCAGACGGCAGAUCUGAAGAGGAGCACAGGCCUUACAUAUCUGAACAAGCUGUACCUGACAUCUCCUCUCCAUUGCCCGGGGUGGACACAGUGGCUGGACGGUUUCAGGAAUGUGAGGCCUUGUCUCAAGUGUCAGGCUCUCGUCAGGCUGUCUGGGAGGCUGAUCUGAAGGCUGUGAGAGGUGGGAGCUCUGUCGGGCAGACAGGUCUGCUACUGGGUGACUCCCUCUUUUCUAAAGAGCUGGAGAACAUGGGCAAACAGCUUGCUGAGGUUGAGAAGGACCUGGCCAAGCUGGCAGAAGUAGGGAAGAUGACCACUCGGAGCUCCAACAAUCCGCACAGUAGUCUGCUCCACACCCCUCUGCGUCACAGAACACUACCCGACACACUUCCUCUCACCAGCUUGCUCUCUAGACCCCAGUCUCCAGCAGGCAGCCUCUCAGGCAAGCCCUGUGGUGUGGGCCUCCCUCAGCUCAGCCCCAAGCCCACUUCCCUGGUCAUGGGUCGGACUCAAUCUCCCAGCAACCCUGGGAGCAGGACUCAAACCCCCAGAACACCCAGCAGGCCCCUGACCCCAAAUAGUUUACUGACACGAUCCACCUUCAACCCUGGAUCUCAUAAAGAGGUGACGUUCAGGAGGUCACGGAGCCGCCCUGUGACACCCACAUGUCAGCCCACACGUCCCCGACCACUGCUCACCCCUCCUGGCCUAAGCACUACAGACAGCCUUGGUGCCAGCCUACGGGCCUAUCUGUCUGAGGAUGAGUUUUACCAGCAGUUACAGGCCAUCCGACAGCCUUGGCAUAUUCCCAGUGACACAGACAGUGACAUCUUGGAGCCUCCUGAACAGGAUAAGAGUGGUGCACGAGAUGCCAAUAAGAGAUCUGUGUUUUCAGGCCUAUAGUGACGAAGACCAGAGACAUUGAUCCAAUCAAACUAUUAUGCAAACCACUGGACAUUUUGAAUAUGUGUACAGAGACAAUUAUUUUUGUAAUUCAUACGAAUGGGGGGAAAAAAAGAUGAUAUACUUUUUCACAGAUAUUUCAUAGACAUUGUACUGUAACUGUAUGAUGAAAUGUCAAAAUAUUACUUCAGUAUGGAAUACAACAUUUAUUUUUGUUUGCUCUAUAGCAUGCUAUUGCACUUCCAUGUGGAGUCCAGAAACAGAUACAUUUUGUUUGUUGUUGACAAACUUUUUCUAGGCCUAGUGCAUAUUCACAUUGUGGGGGCAGAACACACAUGUUAAAGUGUUUAUUGAUAUGCACUGUUAAAAGAUGUAGUGUUUUUCAAAAUAGCAAAUAGUUGUAGAGGGAAUACAAGGAAUGCUGUUAUAUUAAUUAAAAUGAUUUGGUGCACAUUUUGACACUAA